AUGGGUAAGAAGACGAAGAGCGUGAACAACAAGCAGAGCACCGGCAUCGACUUCAUCCGCGCCAAGAAGAAGGUUGGGCGCAAGAUCCGCAAGCAGGCGAACGAGACAAACACCGAGGUGAGGGCGAAGCGCAUCAACCUCUCGGUCCAGUCGCUCGGCACGGAGGGCAAGGGAGAUCAGGUCACGGGGCGCGGGCUGUCCAUGCCCGAGCUCCUGAACCAGUGCCAGCACUACAGCGCGAGGGUGCGGAAAGACGCGCUCGACGGCAUCAAAGAGCUCCUCGAGACCCAUCCCACGUCCCUCGUGCCGUGCGCGGCGACGUGCGUCGAGAAGGUCGCCGAGCGCCUCGUCGACCAGGAACAGAUCGUGCGCGCCGCCGCGAGGGGCGCGCUCAGGUCCGGCGUCCUCCCCGCCCUCGGACCUCACGGCAUCGCGCCAUUCGCCAGAAGAUUGGUCCUCCACGUCGGCGCCGCGCUUACGCACGUCGCGCCAGCUGUGCGCCGGGACGCGCCCGCCGUGCUCGAGGCCCUCCUCGACGCGUCGCCGCGGCUCGUCGGCGCGCACGCUCCCGCCGCGACGCUCCGACACCUCGCGGAGCUCCUCAGGCGCGGUGACGACGCGGCGUCCUCCAGCCUCGUGUCAGGCGCGAGCGACGGCUCGGUACAAAUCGUCGCCGGCGGGUUGUCAGCCAAGUUUGGGGACAUGACCGCCGCGCGGGUGGGUCCCACGCAGCCCCCCGCGAGGCUCGGGCUCCUGCAGUCGUGUCGCAGGUUUCUGGAGGUGCUCGUCGGCGCCACGACCGCCGCGCUGGACUUUGACACGGGCGAAGGUUACGACAAGGUUACGGCGAAGGGGGCGAUCAUCGCGGGGGGCGGUCACCGCUGGCGGUGGGGCGACGACGACGGCGACGAUUUGGACGGCUUGGACGGCUUGGACGGCGGUCCGGACGGGAAAGAAAACUCGAGGACGAGGCGUGCGGGGCGCGCGGAGGGCGCGGGGGUGGCGCUUCACGCGGCGAGGUGCGCGCGCGCGCCGGUAUCGGCGGCUCGCGCCGUCGAGGAGUUCUUCGGCUCGAGCUCCGGGGGUCGACGGAGUGGGCGAGUGGCGAACGGUCCGGGGGAUGGUCGCGAGGGCGUCGCCGUCGCCGCCGCCGAGCUCGCCGCCCUCCUCUUCGCCGUGUGGGACGAGGCCACGCCCACGCUCAAGGACGCGGGGGGCCCGAACCUGACCCGCGUCAGGGUCAUGGCGGAGGCGAUGUCGUGCAUGCAUCUGUGCCUCUGGCUCGUCGACGACGACGGCGACGGCGGGGACGGGGGCGGGGGCGGCGACGGGGGCGGGGGCGGGUCCGGCGCCGCGAUGGCCGCGGCGCUCCCGUAUCUCGUCGCCCGCGUCCUCCCGAUGUUUCCCGCGUCUGCGCCGCCCGUCGGAGACGUCUCCGUUCGCGGGGCGCUCGUGCGGCUCAACGCCGCCACCGCGAGGAUCCUCUCCGCCGCCUCCGAGGGCGCCGCGAAGGUGGCCGCCGCCGCCGCGGAGGACGCCGCGCGCGCGCACCGCGCGUUGGUCACCUACUCCGGCGAGAUGAUGGACCUUCCCUCGGCACCCUCGGCACCCUCGGCACCCGCCCACGUGGCGCCCACGUGGCGGUGGAACCACGCCGCGAGCGUCGUCGACGUCGACGCCGCGGAUCGCGCGACGUCGGCGGUGGCGGACUACCUCUCCGCGGCGCUUCGCGGCUGCGCGUUGGACGCCGGGCCGUGCGGCGAGGCCGAGCCGACGCGGGAGGGUGACUACGGCGACUUGCUCCGGAUGGCGCGAUCGGUGUUGUUGCGUCCGGCGCUGUACGGCGGCGGGGGCGAGUUGGGGGGCGGGGUGGACUCUGACGGCGGUGUGGACGAGCGGGGAACCGACGUCGGCGCCAGCGACGGCGACGAGGAGACCCGGGACGGGGACGACGAAACGAUGUGGGACGGGUACCCCACGGGUGGGACCGACGCGGCCGGGUCCAGGGCGGCGCUCGCACACUCCGUGGGCGCGGUGUGGAGCGAGGCGGUGGUGAGCGGUCCCCCCGAGGUACGCGGCGCGUGCGUCGGGUUGCUCGCCGCGGUGCUGCCGAGAGUCGCGGCGACCACCCGCGGGGAUGGACCGGGCGUUUGCGCCUCCGUCGGCGCGGACGUCGCCGCGGGUUGGCUGAGGCCCUACGCCAGGCUCCUGUGGGAGCUGAAGCACGGCGACCCGGGGACGACGUCGCGCGCGCUCCGGACGCUGCACGCGGUCGCCGCGCGGUGCUCGGGGGAGGGCGGGGACUCGGGAGACGAGAGUCCGCUGGCGGCGGCGCUGGCGGCGGUCGAGACCGAACUCGCGCCCUUCUUCGCGCGGGUUCCGCCGCCGGCAUCGACGGACCAGACGGCACCGAGGCGACGGGGCAAGCCCGGCCCCUUCUCCAAGCUCCCGGCCGCGUGCCAGCACGUCGCGAUCGCGCUCCUCGGCCAGCUGCCGCGGCUGUCGCCGACCACGUUGAGGGCGGCGGCGCACGCGGCGUUGAACGAGGACGCGGACCCAAACAUCGCCGUGCGCGCCGCCGAGGCGAUGACGUGCAACAUGCGGGCCGCGCCGCUCGCGCUCUCGGUGUCCUUCCUCUCCGCGCUGCUCACGGGGGCGGGGAGUUGGCGCGGCGCGAGGCGCGCGGCGCCCGCGGCGGCGAGGGCGCUGGUCGGGGUGGGCGACUCGGCUUCGCCGUGGGCUGGCGCGUCGCUCGCGUGGCCGGCGGUGAACCUCGCGGUCGUUCGCGCGGAGCGUGCGGGGGACGUGGAGGGCGCGAGGCGCGCGCGGUUCGGGGUGCUCGUGCUCGCGGCGCUCGCCUCGGAGGCGCGGCGCGCGCAGAGGGAGGCGAAGGAGGCGGGGUCGAAGGAGGCGAGCGCGCCCGUCGAGGGCGCCGAGGAACGGGUGAGCGCGCUGGACGUCGACGCCGAAGCCGCGGUCGUCGCGUGGGCGUGCGACGGCUUCGCCACGGCCCCGGGAGGAUCGGACGACGGCGACGACGACCUGCGCGGCGCGAGCGCGAGGCUCGCGAGGUCCGAUCCCGGGUGGGCGCGAUCCGCGCUCCGCCGCCUGCGCUCGACCCGCGUUCAACCCGCGUUCAACCCGCGUUCAACCUCCGCGACGAACGAGGGAGGAGAGGCGGCGGACACGGCGGGGGAGGAAGGGGACGGAGGCGACGCGAGCAGGUGCGAAGCCGUCGUGUACGCGGCGAGCGCGCUCGCGGCGCUCGCGGGUGACGUCCUCCCCGAGGAAACCGUUCGGGAGUUGGCGGGCGAAUUUAUCGCGACGAUGAGGACGUGCGAGGAGGCGGCGGACGCGUGCGUGAGGGACGAACUUCCCGGGUCGGCGCGGGCGGCGAGGGCCGUUCGCGCCGCUAAGCUCGCGCUGGACGGUGUCGUGGGGGGUUCGGCGUAGUUAGUCGUCCGGUGUUUUUCGGAGCGCGACGAAUAAAUGCGGCGAAUGGCUACUUUUGCGUAUUCAC